AUGACGACCAUUCUCGCAGUCACAGCUUCUUUCUGUCUCCCGAAGAUCCCGUCUAUCUCAAAAAGGCCACUGGCAGCUAUGUGCGCUCCAUCGUCAGACAAUAUACGGACCCCCCUUGAUCAGUCCGUCAUCGAACACAAGAAGUUCUUGGACGAGUGGCUCGACACGGCUCAUGAGGUUGGGCAAACCGUGUUGGCUGGGCAACUGGAGCUCUCGAUCGUCUGCGAUACCGUAGACACCCAGACAGCCAAGCUAGCCGCCGGAGGUCUCGCUUAUUUUCCGGACCGAGAUGGAGAUAUGGGAAAGAUUGCAGAAGCUGCAGCACUGAAGGCCACGGGACGAGCUCCCCGGGCGAUUGCAGCUUUCCGGUUCAUGGACCUCCCAACCGAGCUACGUAUGCUCAUCCUCAGUUAUACAGACUUGGUAAUACCUCUCAAAGAGGUCCAAUGGCAUCCGACCAGGAAGUAUCAUCUCAAAAAUCGGCAGAAACGCUGCGAUCGGUUUUCAUAUGGCGUGCGAUCGUAUCCUUGUCCUGACUCCGGACAAGAUUGGAUUCCAAUGAGCCGGGACCGGUGGCCAGGUGCUCAGAAUUGUCCUUGCGACAAUGGUUAUUUCCACUACGCAUGCAUAUUUCGCAAUUGCUGGCAGCACACAGGUCAGGGAGACUGUUCCUGCCAACGGCGCCACACGGCCUACUCAACAAACACAGACGGAUGCCGAUGUUGGACUCCGCCAUCAGGUUUAUUCCUUGUCGGACGUCACUUUUACCGCGAUGCGCAGUCUAUCUUCUUCAAUCAGAAUCGUGUAAUUGUCAUGCCCCAUAGUGGCGUAGAGAUGAAUGAUCCACCCACUGGUCAACACCCUGCUCACUACUCGGCCAGUCUUUUCCUACGUUCUGGUCUUGUCACGGCAUCUCUGCAAUAUAUAGGCUUCUUGGAUAUUGUGUUUCCGCCUAUCGAUCGGGAACCAGCGCCCGACGACCCUGAUCUUGUAGAUUGGUUCGAGACACUCCGAUGGGCAAAGGAUCUCCUGGACCUACCGCGGCUCACGCUUCGUUUCGAGAUAGCAGAACAUGGACACGCGUGUUGGGCACCCGAGUCGCGCCAGAAGCUUAACGGCGAUGCAUAUAAAGCUAUCGUUAAGGGAUGUUUUGCAUUUCUCCGCCCUCUUGGGUUCUUCAGGGGGACUUCUUCUGAUCAUCUGAAGGCCGGUCAACAAGCAGCAGCGAGCGAUGGCUUGCGCCGUUUGUUCAUACACGUGGCAGCGCCUGCAUAUUGUCGUACAGAAUUGAAUUACUGGGCGAAAUAUGGUGUACCGGAUGAUUUGAACCAGGCAGCAGUAGCUUGGAGGGAAACACGCCGUAAAGAGUGGAAGAAAUUUUCGAUGGAAGAGAAAUUUGAGCGGAGCAUCAUGGGGUCCAACUACGACAGCCAAAAGGCCGGCAAAGGAGAGGUUAAGCUACCAGAGUGGAAGUGGGAGCAUUUGAUGUGUGAGGACAGGUAUUAUUAG